AUGAAAUCUCAAAUCAUUGCCUUUACAAACAAGAUAGAAAAUGACGUGAAUCAUUUGACAGAGUUGUAUUUACCCUGUCCUCGAUCAAAUAGACGAUCCAUUUACUUUCACAAUGACAAAGGCACAUUAUAUGAGAUACAGAAAGUAACAGGUCCAGGACGCAAAAGUGCUUGGCUAAUAGACGCUGACAUUUACAAAGAUGGUGCAGUGAGAUUCAUAACAUCACUGGAUCCACUUUUCAUGGCACUGCCUAUUCUCGACGAAGCAUACAAGAAAGACAAUAAGAAAUUCAAGACGUUGGACGAUAUCUUUAGUAGAGAGAAUGUAAAGUUGGAGAUUGUUGGAACAGAGACAUUAGAUGAUGAAGGCAUUACAAGCGAAGAAUACUCCAAGCCGAUUGAUGUACACCGACUAACCAACAUUACUGGAUUCACAAAGCAAUUAGCACAUGUGUGCGAUGUUCAAGAAAUUGCCACAGAUCUAUCUGUAUAUAAACUAAACCAUGAAAAAGCCCUGGAUUGGCUUGUCAAAAAGAUGGAUCAAUUAAUGGCCAAUGAAGCCUUCAAGAAAUCAUUCGAAUCGACAAAUCAACAAGCAAUUUCCAUAAAGUUGGAGGCUGUAUAUACACUAUCAAACUAUCUAAACAAGGAUUGGUUCAAUCGACUCUUGACAAAACUAGAGAUCGAAGAAGAGAAGGAAGAGACAGAAUUAGAUGAUAUUACAAACUACGUGACAGAUGCAUCUCCAUCGGGUUUCUUCAAGAGAGCACAUCCAGAUGAAGCAUUCCUUGAUACACCUGCCAAGAAAAAGAAGCCUCAAGUGCCUAGAAGCUUAGCCAAGGUCAACACCAAAGGCAUGAAAUCCAUUACAAGCUUUUUCACAAAGAAAUAA